UACUUAAUCUCUAUUGAUCCUCGCUAAGCUCAUCGACCUCAGCAACCACCACAUACGACUUACCCGUCUAUCAUGUCUACCGAAGAGCUCCAGGUACAGAUACCAUUGACGCCCAAUACUGCCGGUGUUGGUGCGAGGCGCAAGCACGCCCCGAAGCUUCCUCUCAGCGCCUUCUCACCGCCAGGAACCAGCUCGGGCUUUCCCCUACCCACACCUGAUCCAUCCCUCAUGCUCCCUGCGAGCAUCAUCGAUGCCGGUGUGAGCGGGAUCAGGACUUGGGAGGACCUCAACAGCUGGUGGACUCAAGCGGCCGACCGUGCUGAUAGGACGAAGGGGAUCGUCGUCCAGGCACCGACGUUGGAGGCAGCAGAGGCACUGGAUGAGCUCUACCCAGGACAUAUGCAAAACCACGCGUACGCCGCCACGAUGCAGAAGGUGCUCUGCAUCUCGGUCCCGAUGGAUCUGUCGAAGGAAUUCACCCUCCCGGAGCGGCUGCACAAGACAGAAAUCCAUCUUGCCAUCAGCUCGCCUUUCACAUCGGCCUCGGAGACAUACGCAAAGGGACUGCAAGCUGUUCUAGAGGGCGCGUAUGUUGCCGAGAUUGAUGUCCACGCCGAUCUGGGCGAAGACAAGACGUGGGAGGAGCUCGAAGACAUUCUGGGCAAGGCGCUGCCGUCAGAGGAGCAGAAACGCAAACCUGUCAUUCUGAAAAACCUCUUGAUCCCGGCCGUGGGCUUCAACACCCCUCUGGUAAAAUUGCUCACCCACCCAGUCUACAAGGCCUUUCAAGAUCAUAUCACCCAACUGUCCCUAUUCCCCAGCGUCUAUGUUCAGUUCGGACCUCCCGAAUGGGGCCCCGUCCCUGCCGAGAAGGGGGAUGAAGAAGUUCAGAAGGAAAGGAGAGAGUGGAAGAGGCGGAUAAAAAUGUACCUGGGGCCGGUGGUCGAGGCGUUCGGCUUCUCCAGAAUCAUUUACAGCUCCACUGGAUCUAGUAAGUCUCCAGUGUCGAAGGCAAGCGAUUGGUAUACUCUUGCCCGGGAAUGCGUUGCGGAGAUGGGCGUGGAGCAGGAUGCGCUCGAUGGGGUCUUUGGUGUCAAUGCUUUAGACGUUUAUAAGGCCUGAAACUGUACUUUAUCUCGAUAGAUUGAUGAAACCAAUUCGACAGCAACUUAAC